UUGCUUUAUACUGUAAUCAUCCGGGAAAAACGACCGAUCAAUUUCAUUUAUGAUCGUGAUACCUAUCGUCAGCGUAUUACAGUGGCCAUUUGGCAGCGAAGGAUGCCAUCAUUGCCGUGUUGGCAAGCUUUUAAAGGGUCACCGGCAAUCAAGAUUUCCUAUAGAAUAUCAUCGAAGAAGGGACGAUGGGGUUAGGAAAGGUCGUCGAAAACACUGGCCCAUUAUUCAAGCAGGACGUGAUUUAUGGAAACAAGGAAACUAUUGCGAAAGAACGAGACGAUUUCAUCCCACAAAGCUGCACCUGCAAUCGAUUCACCUUGAACGAAAGCAAACUAACCUACUCCCGAUGUACUUUUUCACGUGUAAACAUUUACAACACCUGCUAUUCUUCGAUGGUGUAACGAGGCGGUUUAAUUCGAGAUGUACGUGCGUUUUUGAUAUCCCGUUCAGAUCGCUCGAGCCUCGAACAAAGCCACGUUUGUGACCAAUCUCGGCCGGUCACGCGUACUAAUUACGCGCAAGUAAGUAGGUGGACAAGAUAGUUGCUGCUGGGUGCCAUAACGUAGCCGAGGAGUCGAGAAAAUGCAGUUGCAGAGCCAAGAAAAUCCUCGAAUGACUGGCAACUGUCGUCGAUCCUCUGAGAGAAAGCAACGUCCGUGACGAUCGCGUGUCAACCGCUCGACAACUCGAACGAAUCGGGAAUGCGCACCCGAGACACUCGAAAAUUUCAUCUUUCUACGCUAAAUCCGUCGUCUAACAAGUUUAACUCGUUGCUUGUGUAACUCCUUUGGCAACUAAUGAUUCUUGGUACGAUUCGAAAUUUUCAAAAUAAAGAGAAC